AUGUGGGACAACGUUGGUAUCGAAUCAGUUAAGCUCAUUACAGCAGAGUUGCCCAAUCUCAUCAAACAAUUAAACGUCUCCGCGAGAGUAUUUGGUGCAGAUUCAGCUGAAAUCAUCAAGAUAGUAUUAUCCGAACUCGUCAAACAGUUACCUCAUGUUACUAAACUGUUUGGUACAGGUGCCAUCCAGGCGAUUCUUCGAGAUCCAUAUGUCAAAUUAUUUCUUGUUUCGCUGACUAUUUAUCAAGUUUACAAGACACUUUUUAUUAUUCAACAACUAGACUACAAUGCUUUGUGUCGUAAUGUGCGGAAAUUUGUCAUCUAUCCUGCCAUUUCGGUAGUUUGCUUGUGGAUUGUGUGUUGGCUCAAGAGGCGUUUUCGAAAUCGAAAGUGA